AUGUCUCAUCGUGGAAGAUAUGCGUCUACCCAUUUUUAUGCUAUUUAAUCCUCUAAUAGCGUGCACGUGGUUUAUUGUUCGUUGUAGCUACACGCACACCACGACCUAAAGCGGGACCACCUGCCUUUUACAGCCUAAGCUAUGAAUAUGGAGUGUAUUCAUCUAAAAAAAGAAUUUAAGGCACGAUACGGAUAAGGACGUUGAGCAAGAUCGUGACAUCUGGGCUACUUGUUGCUGGGAUGAUCCCAAUUUGCGGCUAGAUAUCGACAUUUGGCCACCGGUUUUAAGAAGUAGAGAAGAAUGCCAAAACGGUUCCAUCUGCGGUUUCUCGGCUUAAUUUUAAUAGUUGCCGUUAAAGUAAGGAGACUUUAGGACAGGAUAGUAAAGAAGCCCAACGGGCGGCUUAGUAAAAAAACACAAAUUCUCAUAAAACGUCCGUCCCGUUUAAUAAAUAUAGCCCCUUGACGUCUUCAUUCGACCUAUACAUGUCAAACUACGUGAUAUAUGUAAUAGAGCUAAAACAAGAUUAGUUAUUAUUGCGACUGGAUGUCUGUCAUUAAGAUACAUCUGUACAUUUUCUCCUUACUAUAAUGACACACUCCACCUUUGUUCACGUGAUGUAGCAUUUUUAAAUUUUGAGUGCGUGUGGCCCUUUCCCUAGUCUAGGAUAUGUCAAAAUUUGUGUACGCGGCCCAGACCCUCUGAACCUUCAAACAAUCGACUCGGCUUUGUCGGGUUUGUAGUUCGGGGACCGGAUGCAGCUGGUAUGUAUUAUAAAGAGGGGAGAUCUUUCCAAGAAAAGUUAAUAUUCGUUACCGCAGUACAGGUUAUCGGAAGAAAGAUGUUUCGGGGUGUAGUUCUGCUAGUCGUCUUAGCAGCCUCUUCUAUGGCCGAAUUGACAGCUGAUUCUUAUAUUGAGAUGGCUGGAAAUGAAAUUUAUAGAGAUAGAAUCAAACAAGAACCAACUUAUUUUGUGCUUGCAUCAAAAAUUGUACGUCCUGGUCAAAUAUUUCGUGUAGUAGUCAUUAUAUAUAGCUCAACAAAUCCCAUGACUGUUCGUGCUUCUAUUCAUCGUGAUGGUGUCGAACUUGCCUCAUCGUCUCAGGAAUGUAAACUGAAAACCCCCGAAACAUUAUUAUUAAAGAUACCACCAACAAGUACUGUAGGUCAGUACAAACUAAGGAUAGAAGGUAACGUAAACGGUGUUCUUGGAGGUACUGCAUUUGCUAAUGAAACUUUUUUGGAAUUCUCACAACGUUCUAUGACAAUCUUUAUACAAACAGAUAAGCCCAUUUAUCAACAAGGACAGCUAGUUCGAUUUAGAGCUAUUCCUAUUGCUACAAACUUAAAAGCAUUUUCUGAUGCGGUAGAUGUGUAUAUGCUAGAUCCACAUGGAACUGUGAUGAAGAGAUGGCUGUCUCGUCAAACAAAUUUAGGUGCUGUUAGUUUAGAAUAUACACUUUCCCAACAACCAGUGUAUGGUAAUUGGUCAAUUAGAGUCGUAGCUCAGGGACAAAUAGAAGAUAAAACAUUUUAUGUGGAAGAGUAUUAUCAAACUCCAUAUGAAGUUAAUGUUACUGUAUCACCAUUUUGUUUGAAUAAUGAUAAAUAUAUUUAUGGAAGAGUUGAAGCAAAUUAUACAAGUGGAGUUGCUGUAACUGGAAAUUUAACAAUUAAAAUUUUUAUUGUUGGUUAUGGGUAUAAAAAAUCUCAAUUUGUUACUGAAAAAAAAUAUAAAUAUUUUGAUGGCAUGCAAGAGUUCAAAAUUCCUAUGAAUGAAUUAAAGUGGAAAUUACAGUAUUUAGAUAAGUCUACAGUUACAGUGGAAGCGCACGUGGGUGAACACUACCUUAAUCGAAUCGAAGUGGGAUUUGCUCAAACAAUUAUUUUUAACUCUGAUGUAGAAUUAAAAUUUUUAGGAUCAUCACCACAAGUUUUUAAGCCUGCUAUGCCAUUCAAAGCAUAUCUACAGUUAAAGUUAUUAGUUUAUGAUGCCUAA